ACACCAAAAUUUUAUACUUCUUUCUCCCUCCAUUACUUCACUCUAGUUUCGUUCUAAGUAUGCUCAGUGGUUGCGGCUAAGUCCGAUCUUCCGCAUCAGAAAGAAUUACUAGAGUUUUUGUUUUGUCGAUACUCUUGCUAGCUUUUCGGCAAAAAAUGGACGAAAAGGCUCUGAGAGUGCGUAAAUUUAUUUUAUUCUUUUGUGAUUUUUUUUACAUGUGUGCUAAAAUAUAAAUUGAUUUGAUUUCAUAUUUUUUAUAGAUGGGUGCUGAGAUAUACGACCCUCGAUUGUAUAUCGAUCCUGGCCCAAGGGAUCGAAGGUAGUUAACCGUGCAAGAUCAACAUCGUUUCCGUGCAAUUUGGAACAAUAAUCCGGUAAACACUAAAAUUAUUUCAUUAGUUUUAAAGUUUUUAUAUUGCUUUCUAUUAUUGAUUGACAACAUUGUGUUUUUUGUUUUGUAGGAAUCACUUAUUCCCAUCAGUCAUCGAGGGACAUGUCGAUUGCCCCGUUGGCAUGCUUGACUGGCGCCCUAUCUAGAGAGGACGGGAUUGCACAUGCUGAGGCUAGGGAUGGCAACAAAACCCGAACCCACGGGUACCCACCCGACCCAACCCGGUCAACGCGGGUAAACCUCAUGUUGACGGGUUUUGGGCCGGGUUCGGGUUUAAACCCGCUACACUAUUCACCGGGUCGAAUUGGGUUUGGGUUUAGGUAAACCCGCCCCAUAGGUACCCGCUCACACACAUAUAAUUACUUUCCCGGUAUAUUUAAUAUUCUAAAUAAUAUAUCUUCCUUAAAUAACUAAUAUUCUUUAUGUUUGUGGAGACAUGUAUAAUUUGUUCUUUCUAAUUGUUUAGAAUGAAGUUGAUAUUAUGAAGUGGAGAGUGAAGAAAUUUAGUUGACGAGGAGAAACUUUCAAUUAAUCUUAUUAUUUAUAGAUGUUUAUCUUUAAUUUUGAACAAUUUGUAUUGAUCAUUUGCGGUUUGCUUGUAUGCUCUAAUUGGUAUUUUUGUAUGAGAAAAUUGAUGUCAAACUUUAUUUUGAAAGAAACUUGUUAUUGUAAAAUUUUUACCACAAAAACCCAAGGGUACCCAUGAACCCGCGGAUACCCAGCGGGUUGGGUUGGGUUUGAGUUUUUCAAACCCAACAGGUUUUACCCCGGGUUUUUUUGGCGGAUAAAUCCAUGGAUUUGGGUUUGGGUUUGACAAAACCCGCCCCAAUCCGACCCAUUGCCAUCCCUAGCCGAGGCACUUCAUGAGGCUUGAUAUUGACAACGAUUUGCUGACGACAAUGGCAGAGCGAUGGCGCCCCGAGCUGCAUACCUUCCACUUUCCCGAGGGUGAAAUGACGAUCACCCUCAAAGAUGUUGCCAUCCUCACCGGGCUCCCGAUCACCGGAGAUGCCAUCAUCGACAACUCGAGAAAACCGGAAGAUGGUUGGGGGCCGUUGAUUCAAGAGCGUUUGGGGUUCAACAUGCCGACCACCACGCCCGUCGAAGGGGUUGGGCAUCCACCACUGGAUGCGCGGCAAGUAUCGAUCCCGUGGCUUGUUGAACACAUCCAGGACGAGGUUAAUAUAGGCCCGGACACUCCUGAAGAUCAGGUGGAGCGGUAUGCACGUGUCUACCUAAUUGGCUUGGUUGGUGGGUUUCUGUUACCCGACAAGGCAAACCGGUGGAUACGAGGCAUGUGGUUACAUAUGCUUCUCGGUGACUGGGACGAGAUCGGGAAAAAAAGUUGGGGGUCGGCUGUCUUGGCUGGGAUCUAUCGAGAGUUGUGUACUUGCUCGAGGUUGGAUAGCGGUAAGCAAUUUGACCAACUCUCCUUUGUCCGCCCGUACAAGUCCUUUCUGCACAAAUGUCAUGGAGUUCUUGCCACGAGAAUCUCGACUCAAUUUUUAGCAUAGUGGAUUCGCCAUUUUCAUAGUCGAUCCCAAUGUUCGAGUUUGUCACCCGACCAUUCCACCGAAUAAUAAGUCGAAACUUCUUAAAUUUACCCAUGUCUUCAAUUUAUAAUAAUUAAGUAUAGUAUAUAAUUAGUACAUUAGGGAUACAAAAACAAUAUCAUCCCAACCCAUAAACAAACGCAACUAAUUGAUCUAUCAUGAGAAAACUAAACAAAUUCAUCUAAAUUCAUAACUAACUAACUAACUAACAUCUAUCAUAUCAUAAUUAAUCUAAAUAUAUCAUAACAUAUUUUCCAAUAACCGCAAUUCACUAAAUACAUACAUAUAAUUACUAACACAUCAACAUGUAAACAAUACAUAAUUAUAACAUACAGAAUCCCGAUCUAUCAUGAGAAAACUAAACAAAUUCAUCUAAAUUCAUAACUAACUAACUACAUCUAUCAUAUCAUAAUUAAUCUAAAUAUAUCAUAACAUAUUUUCCAAUAACCGCAAUUCACUAAAUACAGACAUAUAAUUACUAACACAUCAACAUGUAAACAAUACAUAAUUAUAACAUACCGAAUCCCGAUCUAUCAUGAGAAAACUAAGCAAAUUCAUCUAAAUUCAUAACUAACUAACUAACAUCUAUCAUAUCAUAAUUAAUCUAAAUAUAUCAUAACAUAUUUUCCAAUAACCUCAAUUCACUAAAUACAGACAUAUAAUUACUAACACAUCAAUAUGUAAACAAUACAUAAUUAUAACAUACCGAAUCCCGAUCUAUCAUGAGAAAACUAAACAAAUUCAUCUAAAUUCAUAACUAACUUACUAACAUCUAUCAUAUCAUAAUUAAUCUAAAUAUAUCAUAACAUAUUUUCCAAUAACCGCAAUUCACUAAAUACAGACAUAUAAUUACUAACACAUCAACAUGUAAACAAUACUUAAUUAUAACAUACCGAAUCCCGAUGAGUUUCUUGAGCAGUAAGUCAACUCCAAACCAGCUGAGAACACGACAAAAAAAACACUAAUUUUUGUACUAAUUUGCUGUAAGGCAGCAGGAGGGAAGUGGGGGUCAGAAUUUAUAGGGAAAAAUGCCAGCUAAUCACCGCAGUGGACAAUUGCGGUGAACACAUCACCGCUUUUGUCCAAAGCGGUGAUAACUAGGUCGUUGUGACCUAAUUUUCCACCUACCAGGGCUCUAAAACGCGGUCAAUUAUCACCGUUUUGGUCGACGGCGAUGAUGUGAUCACCAUUUCGCACAACAGCGGUGAGGCAAUCACCGUUUUGGACAGCAGCGGUGAUUACUUCCCCGUUGUUGUCGAAAGCGGUAAUGUGUUCCCCGUUGUUGUCAAAGACAGUGAUGUUGAAACUGCUGUACUUUGGGAAAUAAGUUUAUAAGUACCGUAUUUAGGGAAUUUUUUGUAAUAAUUAGAGUAUUCUGGGAUUUUUUUCCGGAAUCCACCCGGUUCCUCUAUUUGGGCUGAAGGGGGAUUCUCUUCGCGAAAGCUUCUGGCGGCGCUGAAAAACAAAGGAAACCAAAUCGGGCAGUCUUGCAGCGAACAGGUUUGGCGCCGCGCCGGCGGGCGGCAGGAAGCGGCAUCUGGGAGCAGGGGCGGACCCAGGGGGUUUUAGGGGUGUCCCCGGACACCCCUAAAUUUCGGGAAAAUGAUUAUCCAACCCCCGGUGGUAAUUUACGUAUAGACAAAAAAAUAUAAUUGAUAGUGAGGGACACCCCUGAAAUUUGAAAAAAAUGAUUAUCCUACUGUCAUUUGUGUAUAAAAAUAUAAAUAGUAGGUUGGGUAAUUCAAAUCUGGAACACUAUUAUUAUUAAUAAACUUAAUUUCCGUUG